AUGGAAACUAAUCAACCCACCAAUCCAAGCAAUGGAACCGAAGGUCUAGAAACAGUGGAUCUAGAUCACGACGGAAUCUCCCAAGAAAAGAUAGAACUAACACAAUCAGCCGCCUACAACGAGCUCGGCUAUUGUUAUCCAACAUGGAGAAAAUGGCAAAUUCUCUGCGUAAUGUUCUGCAUCCAAAUAUCAAUCAACCUAAACGCAAGCCUCUACGCAAACGGCGUCGCCGCAAUCUCAAAGGAACACAACGUAAGCGAACAAGUCGCUCGAAUUCCUCAACUGACCUUCCUCUGCGCCUACGCCUUCGGAUGCGAAUUGUGGGCUCCAUGGAGCGAAGAACUGGGACGAUGGCCGACUCAACAACUCAGCCUGUUCCUCGUCAAUAUAUGGCAAUUGCCAUGUGCCCUUGCUCCCAAUUUCGCGACUUAUAUCGUUGUUCGAUUGCUGGGUGGAUUGAGUACAGCUGGCGGUUCGGUGACGCUGGGUGUAAUUGCCGAUAUGUGGGAACCAGAUGACCAGGAAUAUGCCGUUGCUUUCCUUGUUCUGUCAUCCGUCGGUGGUUCCGUCGUCGGCGCUGUUGUUGGUGGCUUUGUCGAAGAUCGUCAUCCGUUGCCCUGGAUCUUCUGGGUUCAACUCCUUGCCGGUGGAUGUGUUCAGAUCAUGCAUUUCUUCCUGGUACCGGAGACGCGGGCUACCAUCCUGCUCGAUAGGGUAGCGAAGAAGAGGCGCAAGGCUGGGCCUGGAAAUGUUAAUAUCUGGGGUCCACAUGAGAUCUAUGGGUAUUCGCUCUCUCCAAAGGAUAUCUGGAGAGUAUGGAAGCGGCCUUUCGUUAUGCUUCUCACUGAGCCUAUUGUUUUGUGGUUGUCGUUGCUGAGUGGGUUUAGUGAUUCUUUGAUCUUUACUUUUCUCCAGGGGUUCCAGCCUGUUUAUAAACAGUGGGGGUUUGGGACUAUUCAAAUCAGCCUUGCUUUUAUACCGCUGAUCAUUGGAUAUGGGAUCGCUUACCUCUCUUUCUUACCUUCCAUUCACAUGUUCAGACAAAGACGGCGCAAGCAUGGAUCUGAUUCUGUUCCUCCUGAAGCGCGGUUGUGGUGGUUGCUCUAUGUCAUACCCUGUCUCCCAAUUGGCCUAUUCGGCUUCGCUUGGACAACCCUAGGCCCACCAAACGUCCACUGGAUAGCCCCUAUGAUAUUUACCGUAGUAAUAGGAAUAGCCAACUACUCAAUCUACCAAUCAUCAAUCGACUACACAAUAGCCGCAUACGGCGAAUACGCAGCAUCAGCAACAGGAGGCAACGACUUCGCGCGCGACUUCCUAGCCGGAAUCGCAGCCAUGUAUUCUACACCGAUGUUCACGAAUAUCGGUGAUACGUAUCCGUACGCGUAUGCAUCUACGAUUCUUGCUUCUGUUUCUAUUCUUGUUACGGCGCCCAUCUACUUCUUUUAUCGGAAUGGUCCGGCUAUUCGGGAGAGGUCACCGUUUGCCAAGCAGAUGAUGGAGCAGAAUCGGCAAAGGAGGCUUUCGCAGGCUGGGCCUGGAGGGGAGGAGAAGGUCGAUGGGGAUAGUGCUCAUGUUGAAGAGUUCCGGGACGGGAUUUCAUUGGAAAAUUGA